UGAUUAAAUAUAUUAGUGAUUAAAUAAUAUCGUGAAGAUCUGCGCAUAAUUGCGGUUUAGACGGAGUGUAUACGGAGUAUACCAUCAAACAUAUAAUCGCUAUCAAAAUUGGAAAGAGAGCCGGAUUUUUUAUAAUUUUUUAUGUAUGUGCUUCUACGAGCUGUAACGAGUUGCAACAUAAUUUUUCCUCAAAUCGGUAUUAAACGUUAAGUGUGUAAUAUAGAAAUGUAUUUUGUUGUAUUUUGGAAAGAAUGGAGUGCUACGAUACCAAGUUGUUGGUUAUUUAUGGAAUCCAAAACUUUCAAAUGGCCACCCAAACCUAAAAAUCCGACUCAUUUAUGCAUUAAAGCAAUAUUACCAAAAGAAGAUUGGGAUACGAUUCAUUAUACUAGAUUUAUAGGACCAUUUGCUACAUAUAAUGAAGCCAGAGAUAUUGAAAUCCAAGCUGUUGAUAUUUCGACUAAUGAUGAAGAUGCAUUGCAAGCACUUGCAACAGUUAAAGUAACUAACAAUAAUAAGCCACUUUCUGUAAAACGUGCGAUCAAUAAACCGCGCCGUCUUUAUUCUUCUGACGAAGAAAAUCAGAAAUCAUAUGUUAAAAAUGAAAAACUUCUAAAAUCUAUAAAAAGUAAUAGUUUUCCUCAUCAAGACGAAGAUGAAGAUAAAGAAUCUGAUGAAGAUUCAGAAAAAGAUGUUCAAAAGAAUUUUCAAAAACCUCCAAUCCAAUAUAUUCCAAAAAAUAAGAAAAAGGAAAUCAUAAGCGAAGUUGCAGCAGGUGUAUCAAACAGUUUUAAUAAUAGUGAAGAAAACAACAAUUUGAUAACAGUUCCUGAAAGUCUACCUCUGGAAUAUGGAGAUCUCUUUUCUCAGGAUUCAUUUCUAAUAUUAAAAGAAUUUGAGAAUGAGCCAAUAAACAAUAAUGUUAAAGAAUAUAAUAAUGAAACACAAGAUAUGUUUGAAGUAAAAGAUGAUGUAAAUAAUACAAAUCAAACAUCGACGCGACAAAAUGAAUUUGAUUCAUCUCAAUUGGAUAACAAGAAAAUAUAUCAAUUAAAAGAGAAACCAAUUAUUCGUAGUAUCGUUGAAACCAAUAUUAGGCUCGAUAAAAAUUAUGCACAUCCACAAACCAAUGUUGAAGGACGAAACAAACAACAUACACAUGAACAUCAUGACUUAUGUUGCACACCAUGUCGUACAGAUAUUCAAGCAAUUAAAAAAGCAAUAAAUUCUAUUUAUCUUCUUGUAUUGGAUAUAAGUGAAGGGCCUCGCAAUGAUACCAAUAAUCUGACCUUAAACUUGCCUAUUACGACAGAAAAGGAAUUAAACGAUAUUGAAAUAUUGCUGAAGGAAGAUGCUGUAGCUCGUUCACAAUAUAAAAAAAUGAUUAAAAACAUUGGUGGUACAACGUUUGAAAAGCAUGUACGAAAUGCUUUAACUGCAACCUUGAUUGAUCAAAUGGCAUAUAAAAUAUCAUGGACAGGACAAAAGAAUACGAUAAGCGUAAAAGAAAUGAAGUUUAUUGAUUUGAUAAUUGAAACCAUAAUUAAUUGUCGAACUGAUUCUACGAUUGAUAAAAUACAAGCCGUUAUUAAAUCAUGGUUACAACAUGCUGGCGAUCGUCUUCCUAAAGAAGGAACAAAAAAAAAUAAAAAUAAUUUAAAAUUGUCUAGAGCAAGACGUACUAUAGAAAAUACUUUCGGAAUUUUAUCGGUACGAUGGAGGAUUUAUAGGAAACCUAUUCAUAUGCAAGAUUGUGUACAACCACAGGCCAGAGUAUAUUGUCCUCCUUGCUUUAUAGACUCAGAAGAUGCCGAAGGGAAUAUAAUCCCUGGACAGUGGCGGCAAUAUGAAAGUGUACUUACAGAUAUAGCUCCUACUUCCAUGCAUCGUGCUACUGCAAAUGCUUAUAAGCAACGCGAUAAACUUGCAGAUUAUUUAUGA